AUGGCGGUGCCCAGCAUAGGCUCGGUUGUCACUUUCGCUGCCAGCUGUUGCGGCGCCGCGACAUGCUCUGCUGUGUGCAGUGCGUGCGGUAAAUGUGGCAACAGCGUCGCCACCCGCAUCGCCUACGCUCUCCUCCUCUUAGUCAACUCGAUUCUCUCGUGGAUCAUGCUCACGCCUUGGGCCAUCAAGAAACUCGAACACCUCACACUCGACUAUGUUAAAAUCGACUGUCCCACCGGCCAAUGUUAUGGUUGGCUAGCCAUGCACCGCAUCAAUUUCGCUCUCGGUCUCUUCCAUCUCAUCUUUGCCGGCCUGCUCUUCAACAUCACAUCCUCCAAGAACCCACGCGCUGCUCUACAAAACGGAUACUGGGGCCCUAAAGUCAUCGCAUGGCUGGCUCUCAUUGUUCUCUCGUUCCUCAUUCCUGAUGAAUUCUUUCAGGUCUGGGGCAAUUACAUCGCACUGUUUGCUGCUAUGCUAUUUCUCGUACUCGGCUUGAUUCUACUUGUCGACCUCGCGCACAACUGGGCUGAAUACUGCCUUGAGCAAAUCGAAAACACCGAAUCAAAGGUCUGGAGAACUGUCCUUAUCGGUUCAACUCUGGGCAUGUACGUUGCCUCCCUUGCUAUGACUAUUGUCAUGUACAUAUUCUUCGCCAAGGGUGGCUGUGCAAUGAACCAGGCUGCCAUUACCAUCAACCUUAUUUUCUGGCUCGUCACUUCGUUCAUCUCCGUCAAUCCGACAGUACAGGAGUAUAACCCCAAGGCUGGUCUCGCUCAAGCAGCGAUGGUGGCAGUGUACUGCACAUAUCUGACCAUGUCCGCUGUGUCUAUGGAACCCGAUGAUAGACAAUGCAACCCUCUGAUCCGGGCCCAGGGAACCCGGACAACAUCGAUCGUCAUAGGCGCAAUCGUUACGAUGCUUACCGUUGCUUAUACUACUACGCGCGCUGCCACUCAGAGUCUUGGCAUGGGGUCCAAUGGCGCGAUCCGGCUUCCCGAGGAUGAUGAGCACGAUCUCGUUACACAGCAGCCUGGCGCUCGCCGCGAGAUGCGUGCCGAGGCCCUGCGUCGCGCAGUUGAAGAAGGGAGUCUUCCAGCAGAUGCCCUCCUAUCUGACGACGAGAGCGAUGCCGGCAACAAGUCACCUGGCGAUGACGAGAGAACGCAGACGCAGUACAACUACAGCGUCUUUCACAUCAUCUUUUUCCUCGCUACUGCCUGGAUCGCUACGUUACUUGCGAUGAGCUUCGAUCAGUCGAAGCAGGAUGGCGAUUUUGCUCCUGUUGGACGCACCUACUUUGCGAGCUGGAUCAAGAUCGUCAGCGCUUGGGUUUGCUACGCUUUGUAUACCUGGACCCUUGUAGCCCCUGUCAUUCUGCCCGAUCGUUUCGAUUUUUCGUAG